GUACACACGAUCCAUCCUUCAAGCAGUGCUUCAAAGGAUAUCCAAUGAGAGUGCGGAGAUCAGGGAGGAGGCGGAGCUGCAGAAGACGGCCAACGAGCUUGCUAGCGUGGAUCGUUCCAUCCUGGACCACAGAUCGCUCCUCCACCAGGUCACUUCCUAUCCCAACAGGAAGUUAAGAGACCCAGGCUUUCUGCCCUACGACCCCUCCCUGAUCCCAGAGACCCUCCCCUUGACUCCUGAUCCCCCCUCCCCCUCAUACACCCCCCAGCUGGUUUCCGGGGCAUCGCUAGGGGGCGGGGGCUGGUCAGCGAGGCGGUUCGACCGCCGUCUGAAGCCGUUGGAGGAGCUGAGCGACUGCUACUUCCUGUCUCUGACGCUAGAACAGCUGGGCAACGCAGAACGCCGUCUCCGUGGAGACCAGAGUGUUCUACACAACCGUCGCAUCACACACAGGCUCUCCAGGACGCUUUCACACACACAGUUCCUGUUCCAGCUCUGGGACCAGGAGGAGGAGGAGGACCUGGAGGAGGAGGGGGCGGGGCUAGAGGGAGGAAGCGGUGUGAUGUCACAUCCUGUGGUGGGGGCGGGACCACAGAGCCUGGAGUCGUUCUUCUCCUGCGUGGAGGAGGUGUCAAUCAAACUGGAGACAGGAAGUGGAGGGGCGGAGCCGACACUUGAUCCUGAGGGAGAAGGAGUAACCGCGGAGACGAGACCAGGCAGUGUGAGCAGUGGAGACAGCAUUGAGGUUCUGGGGACGGAGCGCUCCUAUAGAACACAGGGACUAACCCACAUGGAACUCAGAGAGUUGUCUGGUGGGUUGGGUCAGGGUGAAGGCUGUGAUGUGGUGCGGAGUUGUGCCCCUGCGGAGGUGUGGAUGAGACGUGACGUGCGGUCCCUGGCACGGAGGGCGAACAGCGAGGACAGUAUUGAGAUCAUCAGCACCUCAGACUCCAUCUUCCCCGACGACCUCAUCUUCAACGCCAUCACAGAGGAGGAGCCUGAGGAGCAUGGAAUCAUGGGUAGUGUAAUCCAGGAAGAGGAGGAGGAGGAGGCAGCAGGUGAGGACACGCCCAUUCAGCAGCACAGCACCCUGGGUAUUGUAGUUCACGAGGAGGAGGAGCAAACUCGGCACCAAAGAAUCCUGGGUAAUAUAGUCCAGACGGAGGGAAAGGAGGAGCUAGAGGACACUCCCACUCGGCUGCACCGCACCCUGGGUAUUGAAGUCCGGGAAUUGGAGGAGGAGAAGCCAGAGAGAUGGGACACUCCGGCCCCCUUGUCUGAGCCCCAGAGAACUCUGGUCCACCAGGUGUCAGUAGAGGGCUCCUCCCAGCAGUACGAGGGUCACCAUGCCAACGGCGAGGUCAGAGGUCAGGCUGGGCGUGACAGCAGGCGGGUGGUGGUGCCUGACCUCCAGGUGAACUUUUCUAUCCCCUUGAGGUUAGAUGUUAGAGGUCGGGGGUCAGGGGGGUGGCGGUUGCUAGGCGACACCGCUUACAGGCUGAGUGUAGACGAGGCAUCGGACUGUAUGAGCAACAUCAGCACCUCUCCAUCUUCCUCUCUGCCCCCCACACAUCUCCAUGGCAACCACAGCGCUAGUAAUCCGCGACGACAUCAGCGCCAGAGGAGGAAGGCGGGUCCUGGAGCCCUCAGGUUCCUGCGGCAGAAUUCCUUCUCCCAGAAUGCUGUGUUCUGCCUGCUAAGUGGACGGCCGCUGGUGGUGAUUGGUGGAGAGGAGGCUUCCGUGAGGAGGACGGUCGCUGCCCUCUCGCUCUAUCUGCCUUCACCUGGUCGCUAUGGAGAUGCUGUGCAGCCUUACUUGGCCACGCCUCUUCAGCUGACAGACCUGCUCACCUGGAGACUCAUUGGAAUCCACAGGACGUCUCCUACAGCUCCCAGCAUGCUUCACUCUCUGGCUCGUUACGGACGGUACCUGGCCGUGCUGGACCUGGACCAGCGUACACUGAGAAGCCCCGCCUACCACGGACACCUCAUUGGCCGGCUGGCCAACCCCCACACUCUGAUAGGUCGUGGCAGCACCUACCUUCUCCACGUGGAGAGCUGCCUCGCUGAGCUGACCGCUAAGGCUUUCCUGUUCUCCUGUUCUCCUGACCUUUCAACUCUAACAUCGGGUAGAGCUCAGAGUUCACCUGGGGGUCAGGCACCCCCCAUCUGCCACAGCCACUCUGACCUCCAGCUUCCCAGCCUCCCCAGGGAGGACGAUGACUUCACGCUGACUCAGCGUCGCAGGGACUUCCUAUGUGGGCGGGGUUUCAGCGGGGAGGAUGACCUCCGGGUGAUGCACUUCCUGUCUGACCUCAUCAAACAGCACCACGCAGGAAGUGGUCCUCCGGCCCUCCGCUUCUCCUACAGUGCCGUCCCUUUACAUAGAAACACCACAACAUAGAUAUGGCCCUGUCACUUUACAUAGAAACACCACAACAUAGAUAUGCAGCCCUGUCCCUUUACAUAGAAAUACCACAACAUAGAUAAGGCCCUGUCACUUUACAUAGAAACACCACAACAUAGAUAUGCAGCCCUGUCCCUUUACAUAGAAAUACCACAACAUAGAUACAGUCCUGUCACUUUACAUAGAAAUAUCACAACAUAGAUAUACAGCCCUGUCCCUUUACAUAGAAAUACCACAACAUAGAUAUACAGCCCUGCCCCUUUGCAUAACUAAAGCAUUUCUUCCAUACUGUAUCCUGUCUACACUGUGAAAGGAAGGAUCCAGAGUGCAUCUCUAAUGCUACCCUGUUCCCUAUAUAGUGCACUACCCUGUUCCCUAUAUAGUGCACUACUUACUAGUAGUGUACUAUGUAGGGAAUAGUGAGCUGUUUGGGAAGGAGCCCCUGUGUAUGUGAAUGGUUCUGUUGCUGAAUGUAAUCAAUGUAAACAAUAACGUGACACAGCUAUACCUCCAACACCACCUAAACACCCCCCCCCUCCAACACCACCUAUACACCCCCC